GGGUCAGUACUGGGGGGCCCAGGACUCAGAGUGGUUCCUCUUGCUGAGGUUCUGACCUCAGUGAAGGCUAAAAAUCACCAAAUGGGUAAAGCUGAGUCCCUGGCUCCUCAUGUGUGACCAGGGCAGGAUUGUGGCUUCAGGAGCCUCCUAACCUCUGCCUCAUGCUGUCACCCUCCCCUGUACAGUGCUUCUAGGUAGAUUCUUGUGGCCCCAGGGUACGGGUUUGCCUGGACUGAGGCAUGGGCUGAGGUAGAAGUUUGGGCCCUCCUGUAUUCCGUAGCCAGGCAAUGGAGAAGAAGCCUGGCUUCUUUUGGGUUGGGGUGAGCUGGGCAAGAAGCAGCCCCCAGCCUUGAGCCAUCUUCCCAAGCAAUAUGGGUAGCAGGCAGUGCAUGGGGAGAGCUGGGCCGGGGAGAGCCGGGCCUGGGAGAGCUGGGCUGUGCAGGGUGCUGCGUGCAGCCUGGAGUCCGGCAGAGGGGGUUCUUCCUGUGGGUUUAACUGCAGGUGCAGUCUGUUUCCAGCACAGCUCUACAGACAUGGAUGCGUUCCAGAAGAUCGAGAAGAUCGGAGAGGGCACCUAUGGCGUGGUCUAUAAGGCCAAGAACAAAGUGACUGGGCAGCUUGUGGCCCUCAAGAAGAUCAGGCUGGACCUGGAGACUGAGGGGGUUCCCAGCACUGCCAUCAGGGAGAUCUCCUUGCUGAAAGAACUGAAGCACCCCAAUAUUGUCAAACUGCUGGAGGUGAUCCACAGAGAGAAGAAGCUGUACCUGGUGUUCGAGUUCCUCUCCCGGGACCUGAAGAAGCACAUGGAGUCCACCCCCACCCCAGAGCUCCCUCUGCCCGUAGUCAAGAGCUACCUCUCCCAGCUACUUCAAGGGGUGAAUUUCUGCCACUCCCACCGGGUCAUCCACCGGGACCUGAAGCCUCAGAAUCUGCUCAUCAAUGAGUUUGGAGCCAUCAAGCUGGCUGACUUUGGACUGGCCCGGGCCUUCGGGGUCCCCCUGCGCACCUACACCCACGAGGUGGUGACACUGUGGUACCGUGCCCCUGAGAUCCUCUUGGGCAGCAAGUUUUAUUCAACAGCCGUGGACAUCUGGAGCGUCGGCUGCAUCUUUGCCGAGAUGGUGACUGGCAAAGCCCUGUUUCCGGGAGACUCAGAGAUCGACCAGCUCUUCCGGAUCUUUCGCACGCUGGGGACCCCCAGUGAAGCCACAUGGCCCGGAGUCUCCCAGCUGCCUGACUAUAAGAGCACCUUCCCGAAAUGGAACAGGAAGGGGCUGGACAAGAUUGUACCUAGCCUGGGACCGGAAGGCAAGGACCUGCUCCUGAAACUCCUGCAGUAUGACCCCAGUCAGCGCAUCUCGGCCAAGACCGCCCUGGCUCAUCCUUACUUCUCUACUGAGCACUCCCCAGCUCCCUGCCAUUGCAUGGUGGAGCAUUGCCACCACUGAGAGCAUUUAUGUGGGGCCCACCCCUCACCCCCUGUCCAGCUGUCCCCCCCUCCCCAUUUAAGAAAAUGCAUCUGAGAAUACAGCUCUGAGAGAUCUUACAGCAGCCACCAGAGGGCUGGGCUCACCUUUGUCUUGCCGGCAGGUUGGAGAGUUCUUGUGUUGUUGGAUUUAACAGUGCACUUGCAAAAGGCCUGCAGGUGCUCCAGGCUUGGGGGUGGGUCGUGGUGCCAUGCAUACCUCCCCUGGCACCGGGACCGCUCUUGUCAGGCUAAGAGACCCCAGCCCUCCUCCCUCACUGCCUGGCUGCAGAGCCAGGCCCCAAGGAGAGGGUGCCCUCUGCUGGUCUUGAUUUAGGUUUAAGUGCUGGAAGAGUUGAGUUCCAGGUGGGAGGACAUAGUUAAACAGGAGGUGGGGGAGGGUGGUUCUCAGAUCCUGGGAGUGGGCAGGGCACCUGAGGGUGUUCUAAGUUGUCACAUCAUCGAAGAUAAUGUCUGUGUGACAAAUGGGAAAUAAAUGCAACUUG